CCCGCCAUGAGCUCCAUCCUGGACGUCAGCACUUUGUACGAGAACCUGCUCAACCUGUCCCUGAGCGAAGAGCAUGAUGCGCCGGGCUCUCACGUCUCCCGGCGCCACUCUGCCUGCUCCUCAGACACGCCCUACAGCAGCGGGGACCCUUCCCCGGUCUGGCCCCUGCGCAGCCACUGGAGCCCCAGCGCCGAGCAGCUGCGGCCCAUGGCCGAGGAGUCCCGGCGCCCCCCUCUGCGCCCGGACCGCUCGGUCAGCCUCAUCGAGGGCAAGGCCCUGCCGCCCCCUCCGCCAGGCUUCCCGCCCCUCAAGCUGAGCGCCCAGGCCCCGGCCCUCUCCUCGCGCUACAAGACGGAGCUGUGUCGCACUUUCAGCGAGACGGGCAAGUGCAAGUACGGGGCCAAGUGCCAGUUUGCCCACGGCGCCACCGAGCUGCGCACGCUGACCCGCCACCCCAAGUACAAGACGGUGCUGUGCCACAAGUUCUUCCAUCACGGGGACUGCCCCUACGGCUCUCGGUGCCAUUUCAUCCACUACCCCGAGGAGGCCCGCUUCCACUCGGCUGGCUCCUCGCCGCAACUCUUGCGCCAGAGCGUCAGCUAUUCUGAGGGGCCGGCUGCCCGCCGGGUAUCUCCUUUGCCCGGCUUCCCUGACCCUGCCUCCUUUGCCCGGGCUCCGUCGACCUCGCCGCCACCCGACCUCCUUUCUCCAACCUUCGGCCGCCUGAACUCGGAGCCCGUCCCUCGCAAUUCCACCCUGGGCGAGGCCACGUCCGGCUCCAGAAUGUGCUUGUCGUGCCGAUGUGGACAAUCCGCCGCCCUCAGUCCGUUCUACUUCUCUGCCGCCCCCGGGACUCCGGUCUCGACGGCCUCCGCUCUGCCUCGAACCCCCUCCGACAGCUCCCUCUCUGACCUGGAGAGCUCCAGCGGCUCUGAUUCGCCUGUCUUCGAGGUGCCACCCCCCGGCGGGCUGGCGGGGGGCACCCACAGGCUGCCUAUCUUCAACCGGCUUUCUGUCUCGGACUGA